CCUGGGAAUGAAAAAACGAGGCCGUUUAUAUGCAAGUGAAACAUUAGUGUGUUUAAGACGAAGGUACAUACAGCACGUAACCAUACAUAAGCCCAGAACACCAAUGGCUACUGUAUUUUCAAAUUAUGUCUUUCAAUCAGUAAGAAGGCCAUUUGUAGCGGCAAUUGUGAAAAAGGUAAAUUGACCAAUUAGCAUAAUUGAUUACCAGACCUGCAGUCUCUGAUGACUUGAAGCGGUGUCUCUCUGGGUAAUGCAGAACUGUCAAACCGAGUACUAAAGACUUCCACAGCGCUUAUGAAAGCGUGUCUCCAUAGGUGUGGGUCCGAACAAAAGACUUUUCUGUCUGCACUUUAGGCUGCAGUAUGGAUAGUGGCUUUGAGGACCUUGAACUUCGAGAAGCACAGAGGGAAUACCUGGAUUUUCUGGAUGACGACCAAGACCAGGGUGUGUAUCACGAGAAGGUCAGAAGCAUGGUGUCGGAGGGCCAGUCUCGCCUCAUCGUCAACAUCAACGACCUGCGGCGAAGAAACGAGAAACGAGCCAGAGAACUUCUAAAGAAUGCCUUCAGCGAGCUAGUCGCAUUCCAGCGAGCUCUGAAGGACCUGGUGGCUUCUGUAGACGCGACCUAUGCCAAACAGUUUGACGAGUUCCAUUGUGGAUUCGAGGGCAGCUUUGGGAAUAAGCAUGUUUCUCCUCGUACCCUCAGUGCACGGUUUCUGGGCAAUCUUGUUUGUGUUGAGGGUAUUGUGACAAAGUGUUCACUGGUCAGGCCAAAGAUCAUGCGCAGUGUUCACUACUGUCCAGCAACCAAGAAAACCCUGGAGAGGAAGUACACUGAUCUCACAUCACUGGAUGCUUUUCCUUCCAGUGCCAUUUAUCCCACCAAGGAUGAGGAAAAUAAUCCAUUAGAGACAGAGUUCGGACUGUGCUGCUACAAGGAUCACCAGACACUGACCAUCCAGGAGAUGCCAGAGAAGGCCCCUGCCGGUCAGCUCCCCCGUUCCGUUGACAUCAUUGCUAAUGAUGACCUUGUGGACCGAGUCAAGCCAGGAGACCGCGUGCAGCUGGUUGGAGUGUACCGCUGUUUACCUGCCAAACAAGGGGGCUUCACCUCAGGAACCUUCAGAACUAUCCUGCUAGCCAAUAACGUGAAGCUGAUGAGUAAAGAAAUUGUUCCUACAUUUUCUGCUGAUGAUGUUGCCAAGAUCAAGAAAUUCUGCAAAUCCCACUCUAAAGAUGUUUUUGAACACCUGAGUCGAUCUCUAGCUCCCAGUAUCCAUGGCCACGAGUACAUAAAGAAGGCCAUCCUCUGUCUGCUGUUGGGAGGCAAUGAGACCAACCUGGAGAAUGGCACUCGCAUUAGAGGAGACAUCAACAUCCUCCUCAUAGGCGAUCCGUCAGUGGCCAAAUCCCAGUUGUUGAGGUAUGUUCUGUUCACCGCCCCGAGGGCUAUCCCUACCACUGGGCGAGGUUCAUCCGGGGUAGGCCUUACUGCUGCAGUUACUACCGAUCAAGAAACGGGUGAGCGCCGGCUGGAGGCUGGGGCCAUGGUCCUCGCUGACAGAGGGGUAGUGUGUAUUGAUGAGUUUGACAAAAUGUCUGACAUAGAUCGCACAGCCAUCCACGAGGUGAUGGAGCAGGGAAGAGUGACGAUAGCUAAAGCUGGGAUUCAGGCCAGGCUCAACGCUCGCUGCAGUGUGCUGGCUGCUGCGAAUCCAGUGUACGGAAGGUAUGACCAGUAUAAGACCCCUAUGGAGAACAUUGGGCUCCAAGACUCCUUACUCUCCCGAUUCGAUCUGCUUUUCAUCGUUCUGGACCAGAUGGAUGCAGACAGUGACCGGGAGAUUUCGGAGCAUGUUCUGCGCAUGCACAGAUACCGACCCCCGGGGGAGCAGGAGGGAGCAGCACUGCCUCUGGGGAGCACAGUGGAUGUGUUUGGCACAGAAGACCCAAAUGUCCCUGAGACAGCAGAACAUGAACUGCAGAUCUAUGAGAAGAAAGACAACAUCCUCCAUGGCCACAGGAAGAAAAAAGAAAAGGUCAUUACAAUGGAGUUCAUCAGGAAAUACGUCCAUGUGGCCAAGAUGGUGAAGCCAGUUCUGACACAAGCGGCUUCCGACUAUAUAGCAGAGGAGUACUCUCAACUCCGAAGCCAUGACCAGAUCAACAGUGACUCAGCAAGGACAAUGCCUGUGACUGCACGGGCCCUAGAGACCAUGAUCAGGCUGGCCACUGCCCACGCCAAGGCCCGCAUGAGUCAAAGCAUCGAGCUGGGAGAUGCACAGGCUGCCCUGGAGCUCAUGCAGUUUGCCUACUUCAAAAAGAUUCUGGAGAAGAGCAAGAAGAGAAAGCUUCCUGAGGACGGUGUAGAUGCAGACAUGGAGGAGACCCAGAGCCAGAGAACCAUCCGAAAGCGUUCUCGUGUCUCUGAAGAUCACGAGGACACAACGAAGGAAGUAGAAGACUCCGGUGAUCUAUAUGACUUUGCAGAGGAUGAACACGCUCAGCCAAGCCAGGAUACCAGGCCAGUGUCCCGGAGGAAGAAGGUGGAAAUCGGUCAGGACAGACUGAAGGUUUUUAAGGUGGCCCUGCUGAAGGCGUUUAAGGUGACCAGGUCUCAGUCUGUGGCGAUCCCGGAGCUGCUCACCCAUGUUAACAAGGGGCAGCACGAGGAGUUUGAUGAGCAGGAGGUGAACAGACUGCUGGAGAUCAUGCAAGAUGACAACCAGGUGAUGGUGUCUGAGGAUGUGGUUUUCCUCAUCUGACCAUAGAGGACAAGCGAAGCAACAGGCACUAA